AUGCUCAGUUUGGCCUUGUCCAAAUCUUGGUCUAUUCACCAGCUUGAUGUGAAGAAUGCUUUUCUUCAUGGUGAUCUCAAAGAAACUGUGUACUUGCAUCAACCUCUGGGAUUUAGGGACCCGGCUCGCCCUAAUCAUGUGUGUCUCUUGAAGAAAUCACUAUAUGGUCUUAAGCAGGCUCCUCGGGCAUGGUAUAUGAGGUUUGCUGAUUUUGUAUCCACUCUUGGAUUUAUUCAUAGUAAGUCUGAUCACUCUUUGUUUAUCUAUCGCCAUGGUUCUCAUGUGGCAUAUCUCUUAUUAUAUGUUGACGAUAUUAUUCUCACUGCUUCAUCUGAUGAGUUACGCCAGUCUAUCAUAGCCAGCCUGAGCUCGGAAUUCGCUAUGAAAGACCUUGGUUCUUUGAGUUAUUUUUUGGGUAUUGCAGUCACUCGUCAUGCAGGUGGUUUAUUUUUAUCUCAGCGAAAAUAUGCUCUUGAGAUUAUUGAGCGUGCUGGCAUGGCCUCAUGUAAACCAUCUCCCACUUCCGUUGACACAAAACCCAAGAUGAGUGCUCAUGCGAGCACUCCUUAUGAGGACCCUUCUCAUUAUCGCAGUCUAGCAGGAGCUCUUCAGUAUCUUACCUUCACUAGGCCUGAUAUUUCCUAUGCGGUUCAGCAGGUGUGUCUCUUCAUGCAUGCUUCCUGUGACGAGCAUAUGCAGGCCCUUAUUAAGCGCAUUGUGCGCUACAUACAGGGUACUAUUGAUCAUGGGUUGCAUUUGUAUCCUUCUUCUGCUUCCACUCUAGUGUCUUACACUGAUGCAAAUUGGGGUGGGUGUCCUGACACCCGACGAUCUACUUCCGGGUAUUGUGUGUUCCUUGGGGACAACUUGGUCUCAUGGUCUGCUAAACGCCAACCCACUUUGUCCCGGUCUAGUGCGGAAGCAGAGUAUCGGGGGGUGGCCAAUGUUGUUUCUGAAACCUGCUGGCUACGCAACCUACUACGAGAACUUCAUUGCCCUAUUCUAAAAGCUACACUAGUGUACUGUGACAAUGUUAGUGCUAUUUACUUAUCAGGUAAUCCGGUCAAUCAUCAGCGCACUAAACACAUUGUGCUUGAUAUUCAUUUUGUACGUGAAAAGUAA